AGCGAUCUUUGCCUUCUCUCUACCCAGAGUGCAGAAGAAGCAGGAAACAAGAAGAUAGCAGCAGGGCAGCCAUGCCUACGUACAAGCUUUCUGGCAUCGAUGUUCAUUUUCCCUACAAUGCCUAUGAUUGCCAACUCGUUUACAUGGAGCGUGUUAUUCAAUCGCUGCAAAAGGGUUGUAAUGCAUUGCUAGAGAGUCCAACAGGAACGGGAAAAACUUUAUGUUUGCUCUGUGCAACAUUGGCUUGGAGAGAGAGUCUUGGUUCCAUGUCAACUUAUUCUUGGCCAGACAGAGGAAGCAUACAGAGUUCUGGAAGCCAAUUUCAGCUUGAUUCAUCACUAGAGAUAACAAAACCAACAUUGCCUACUAUAAUAUAUACCUCACGCACUCACAGUCAAUUACAGCAAGUUGUGCGAGAACUAAAAUCAUGUUCCUACAGGCCGAAGAUGGUGGUUUUGGGUUCAAGAGAACAAAUGUGUAUUCAUAAAGAUGUAAAAAAAAUGCAAGGGAGAUCCCAAAAUAAUGCCUGCCGUUCACUCUGCAAGUCCCGUUCCUGUCAUCACCAAAAUCGAGUAACUGAAUACCUCAAGGGUCACCCAGAACUGGGGGAUGAGCCGAUUGACAUAGAAGAUUUGGUCAGCAUUGGCAGAACACAAGGGCCGUGCCCUUAUUACUUAUCCCGAGAACUUCACAGUUCUGCAGAUCUUUUGUUUGCUCCCUACAAUUAUCUAAUUGAUAAAGAUAAUCGUCGUUCACUCACGGGUAUUAACUGGGAGAAUACAGUACUCAUAUUUGAUGAAGCCCACAAUCUGGAAAAUAUUUGUGCAGACGCAGCUUCAUUUGAUCUACCUUGUAGUUAUUUAACUGCAUGUAUUGCAGAAGCAAAACAAUGUAUAGAUCUCGCCCAUUUAAGAAGAGCAGCUGAAAAUUCAGCAGAGACAUCUCUUGAUCCGGAUAAUUUUGCAAUUUUAAAGGCACUAUUACUUAAGCUAGAGAAAAAGAUUAUCGAAGUGCCAAUUCAGUCUCAGGAGUUGGGAUUUACCCGACCUGGACCUUACAUUUUUGAGCUUUUGGCAGAAUUAAACAUCACUGUCGAAACUGCAAAUAUGCUUAUUGAUACUAUUGAUCAUGCUGCAAGUCUUCUCGAGGAUGAAUCAAGCACAAGUUCCGCCACAAUAAAACCAAAGAUUGUUACAUGUAGACUGCAAACAUUACGAGAUGCUCUUAAAAUUGUCUUUAGAAAGGGCGAUUCAUCUUUUGCUGCUUCUUAUCGUGUUCACAUUCAUGAACCAUAUAGCAAAAGCAGUGAAAAUGGUUCAAGUAAAGGACAAGCAUCACGGACAUUGAGUUGGUGGUGCUUUAAUCCAGGAAUUGCCAUGGAAGAAUUUUCUCGAAUAGGUGUGCGCUCAAUUAUUUUGACGUCUGGAACUUUAGCUCCACUUGAGUCAUUUGCUGUGGAGUUGAAUUUGCCUUUUGAUGUUCGCUUGGAGAAUCCACAUGUGAUAGAAUCUAAUCAAAUAUGGGUUGGAGUAGUUUCUUCUGGGCCAUCUGGUCGCCCUUUAAAUUCAUCUUAUCGUACACGUGAUUUAUUGGAGUAUAAGCAAGAACUCGGUAACACAAUAGUGAAUUUCGCCCGCAUUGUCCCUGAUGGACUUCUUGUUUUCUUCCCAUCUUACUACAUCUUGAAUCAAUGCAUUGAAUGCUGGAAAACCAUGGGAACAUCAACAAACUUGAGCACAAUCUGGGAAAGGAUUUGCAAGCACAAGCAACCUGUUGUUGAACCUAAGCAAUCUGCUCUUUUCAACUAUGCCAAUGAAGACUUUAUGGCAAAACUGAAUGAUGAUAGUUCGUCUGGAGCUGUCUUCUUCGCUGUUUGUCGUGGGAAGGUUAGUGAGGGUCUAGAUUUUGCUGAUCGGUCUGGUAGAGCAGUAGUGGUGACAGGCAUACCAUAUGCUAUGAAGACUGAUCCGAAGGUUCGUCUGAAACGUGAAUAUUUGGAUGAACAAGCUCGUCUACAGGGCAGGAAGACCAAGGCUAUGACAGGGGAAGAGUGGUAUGUUCAGCAGGCAGCAAGAGCAGUGAAUCAGGCUGUGGGGCGAGUGAUUCGACAUCGACAUGACUAUGGUGCUAUCAUUCUAUGUGAUGAACGGUUUGCACACUCCAAUACACAAAAUCAGAUGUCGCUUUGGCUGCGACCUCAUAUUAAGUGUUACCGCAAGUUUGGAGAUGCAGCUUUUACAUUGACCCGAUUCUUUCGAGACAUGAGGAUGCCUGUUGCUUCAAAGGAAUUGAUGACUAAUGACACAAACAAAAGCAGUCCAAAGUUAUCAUCCAAGGAAGUGAUUGAUGUACAUUUGGCGGAUGAUGGACCUAAUUUUAACUCAAGUUUAUCAGAAGUUACACAAGAUGCUCCAAGAUUGAGCAUGGAUACAUUCUUAUCAUCUAGGAAUCAUACUGAUAUACAUUUGGGGGAUGAUCCACCUGGUCUUAACUCAAGUUUAUCAGAACUUAUGCAAGGAUUGGGAAGUAAGAGACAACUGGCUGACCAACACAACAAUACAGGAAUUUUUGGGCGUAAAACAACAGCACCUUUGUUUUUUUCUAGUCAGAUCUCUUCAGGGAUGGGAUUGUCUGGGCCUCAAAAAUCAUUAUCAUCCAUUCUUGCAGCUGAGCGAGGAAAGUCUUUAUCUUGUCGAAUGACUAUUGACACAAUAACUCCUGCAAAUUGUGCUAUAGGAUGUGCUGAUGGAAAAAAUCCUACGAUGCAAAGUAAAGAACCAAGGUUUAGUCCUGCUAUAAAAAGUAACAAGUCUAAUAUUGGUGGUAAUUUUCUAGUGUUGGAAAAGGAAGACUGUGAACUAGUAGAGCUAGAUGACAAGUCAAGUCUUUCAGUAAAUUGUGGGCCAUCUGCCAAAAGGUUUAAAACGGUCCCUACCUUUGAAGCUGGAGAAGCUUCUGGCAUUGUCAACGUUGAUGUUCCUUCUGGACAGGUUUCUCAACAAAAGAUGAAUCUGGAUUCAAAGAUUUCAGCUGUUAUGAUUGAUGUUAGCGAUGAUUCAGACAAUACUGAUUCUGACUUCGCUGUAAAACACCCAACUAAGCAUGUAUAUGGAGAGCUCAAGCGGAAAACUCAUGCAAACAAAAUUAACUCAUCUAAAAAGGAGGGAUUGAGAGAACAGGAUGGAAUGGCAUCUGACAAAGUUGGCACUGACAGAAGGGUAAAAAGUGAAGAUGAGAAGAAAAAUAAUGCAUCUAGUUUUCUGAGACAGGUACGGGCAAAAUUAAGCGAUCCAGAGUAUAGCAUAUUUAUGGAAUGUAUGAAGGGUUUAAAGCAAAAGACAACAGUGAUGGACAAGGUUUUGGAGGUAGUAGCAAACUUGUUUUGUGCACCAGAAAGGAUCUUCCUUCUCAAAAGAUUUGGAGAUUUUGUUCCAUCACAAUACCAGGAAUUGUACAAGAAGCAUCUUAAUACAAGGUGUGCUACAAUAUGCUCAGAAGGGGAAGACGAAUGCAGAUGAUUCUACUGUAAACGUGGCACAACAAUCUAGGAAAAGCAUUUUUACUCAAGUUGAGAGGAAUGCAGAUAAAGAUCACCUACCUCAAGCACAAACAAAAGGGAGAUGUUUCAGUCACGUAAAAGCUUGAUGGUACCUGAAGCAUUAUAAGGCUCAUGAUAUCUCCAACUUGGUUCUUUCAUUUGCUGUAGCCAUGAUUUCUUCAAAUUCAGUCAAGCGAUGACUGUAACUGCUUAUAAGUUUCUUAUGAAUUCGAUAUUUUUAAAAUUCAAAUCUUAAAAAGACAGAUUAUUAUGCGCAAAGAAAGCUCAAGUUUGACCUGUAUUCUCUGAUCCUGAUUGAGCAGCAGAUGGAAAAUGCAGUACAAGUGGUCUAACCUAAUUUUGACAGGAUUCGAGGUGAUAAUAAUUAUCUGUUAACAUUGUGGUUGGUGAAAAUUUAUCAUGGUGAUUUGGUGAGAAUUAAUAACUAAACAGUAAACACCAUAUAUGAUAAAAGUUCACUUCUGUUAUUGCGUUCUAACAAGCCAAAAUAUCUUUGCACCAAUGCAUAUGAAUUGCCAGUGUGGGUAUCUAGUACCUCAAUCUCGAACAACGAAGAAUCAAAACAUGUCCAUUCAUCCAUAAUAUUUGGAUUAGUCUGUAAAUUAAUUUCUUUUUACAUGCUUAUGUGCAAGUCCUGCAUAUGAAUCUAUUGGCACUGGACAAUUGAAUUUAUACCGGAACAUCAAUCUUCUGUCAGAGUCUGUACUAGUUGGAUCAUCUUUAAAAGAUGGACGAUGGAUAUUAUAAAAAGGAGCCAUGCUAUGAACAAUUGCAACUUGUUUAUGCAGACCAAGGUGUUCCUCGUUUAUCCAACUGUAUUUCUAAAAGCCUAUUACAAGUUGGCGGGGCAGUUAAGAGUGCAGAUUUGAUUUUUUAAUUUAUUUGUCUUACAGUCAUCUUCAUGUAUUGCCAAUAACCAUGAUCAAUUCAGGAGUCUCAGGUGACAGAGAAGCAAAGUUUGGCCUACCUUGUCUGUUGGUUACCCUGGAUGUGUAAUGUCAAGAUGAUUUUUGAUGAUGAAAGCAUCGUGACACACAAAUUUGGGGACAACAAUUUUGGUUCAUUUUUUACUCAAGAGCUGUAUGCCUUUACUA